CUAUCGAUUUACCAAGAAUUUGUAAAAACAAAUAGAACAACACUAGACGUGAACACUGAAAAAUAUAACAUAAUGGCAAACGGAAAUAAAACAAACUCAAACGGACAAGUAAUCAAGGAAGACACUACGCCAACGCCUUGUGCUUUGAGAAACUAUCCUAAAACAUGUCAAUGUCGUGGUCGCUAUGGUACAGCGUUGCGGUGCAAUAACGCAGGACUAUUGACAGUGCCCAGAAACGUUUCUAGAAACGUAGUGAACAUGGCCUUCGUCAACAACACUAUUUUGCUGACUAACGAUUCAUUUGACGAAUAUACCAACUUGAAAGUUUUAAGCUUGCACCAUAACUCUUUGACAAGAAUACCUCCGUUCGUGUUUGCCCAUCAAAAUCAACUACAAUGGAUAUUUUUAUUACAAAACAAACUAGAAGAAUUAGAGCCAAACGCGCUGUACGGAUUAACAAAUCUCGAACAAUUACAUGCAGAUCACAACCGCUUAGCAUUGUUGAAUACAGACUCGUGGCUUCAUUUGACCAAUUUAGAUUUGUCCAACAACAUGCUGAGUUUGAAAAACGUCUGUUUGCCACGGUUGCCGUCGCUGAGAGUAAUGAACCUACAGAGCAACCGCAUUGAAAGACUGGAUAAAUGUCUGUUGGCAAAUUUGCCGUCUUUAGCAGACUUAGAUUUAUCUUUCAACGCAAUCUCUUUUAUCGACGAACGCGCAUUUGUCAACCAGACCAGACUACUUGAACUGAAUCUGACCAACAACCACAUAAUGACGGUGACGCCCUCUAUGUUUUGGCCGUUGACGUCCAUCGACAAGUUUUCGCUGGCGUACAAUCCGGUUAAGUACAUACACAGAGACGUGUACAAGUCCAUGUCCAAUCUAAAAUCUUUGUCUCUAGAAGGUAUAGACAAAAGAAACAUGGAUGCGACGGUGUUUCGAAAAUUAGACAAACUCAGAAUUCUGUACUUGAAAGAAUUUCACUAUUGCGCUCUGUACGCCAGGAACGUGCCUCUCUGUUAUCCGAACACGGAUGAUUUAUCUUCGGGUUUAAAUCUCUUGCCAAAACCCAUUCUCCGGUGGACAUUGUGGCCAGUGGCCUUCUUUACGCUAGUCAUGAACACUAUGGUUCUCUACGGUCGCAUGUUCGGCAAUCUCAGAGAUGAAAAUCAUGGUAUCAACUUCGUCAUCCGUAACCUGGCCGUGGCAGACAUAAUGAUGGCGUUGUACUUGACAGUCAUCGGUUAUCACGAUUUGAAAUACAGCGACGAAUUUUACAUUUACGCCCACGAGUGGAAGUCGUCCAGCUUGUGCACAAUAAUAGGAAUGAUCGCCGUAGUUUCAUCCGAAGUGUCGCUUCUAAUAUUGGUGUUUCUCAGCCUCGAGAGAUUCUUGCUCAUCGCCGUACCGUUUUCCGGUUAUCAUGUGUUGAAAUUAAAAACCGCAACUUACUGCGUAACCGCAAUAUGGUUGGUAGCAAUAUGCAUCUCCGUCGCACCGCUGCUCCUGUUAAAACAUGCGACGAAAUUUUAUGGUUCCAACGGCUUGUGCUAUCCCUUGUACAUCGAAGAUCCAUUUCUCAUCGGAUGGCAGUACUCGGCUUUUGUUUUUUUGGGAUUGCACUCGGCGAGUCUUUUGUUACUGUCAGCUCUGUACACAUUAAUGUUCAUAAGCGUGUGGAAAACCAGACGAGCGGCUCGCAUUUCGGUUGGUGAUUUUGAAUUCGCCGUUCGGUUUUUCUUCAUCGUUUUGGCCAACGCUUUGUGUUGGCUUCCAAUAAUCAUACUGAAGUUUGCAGCUAUACAGAAAUUCCAUAUUUCAAGUGAAUUAUACGGAUGGGUUGUCGUUUUCAUCGUUCCCAUUAAUGCACUCGUUAAUCCGCUUUUGUACACGUUCACCACCCCCAAGUACAGGAACAUCUUGACUGCAAGGAACAUUUUCAAACGACCAAAUCUCCAUUCAAAUAGUGGGAAUUUUGAAAUGUCUCAAACCUCAAGCCAUCAGACAUCAGCAUCAAGUAAAAUGUUUAAGAAAAAUACGAAGAGAAAAAACCAAGAAAUUAGUACCGAAACAACCAAUGAGGAUUGA